GGAUCGUUUGGCCAGUGUUCCAAAAGCGCGCGUGAUGAGCGCUCAUUGCCCGGACGAUAAUAAACGCAUUACAUAAUUAGAAAAAGUACCUAUCAGUUGCACGGUUACGUACUAGUUUUGUUCCCAAUAAGUGAUAAGUGACAAAUUCGGUGAUAUUUAUAACUGAUGCUCGAACGUAGCUGAUGAUGGAGACACCAACAAUGCACAUGCUCUCCGUCCAGGAGAAGGGCGGAGAGACACGGAGAACCAACCAGUACAUUGCAGCCAUUGCCGCUGCCAUAGGCGCGGUCGUUGCCGGCACAAUUCUCGCCUGGACAUCACCAGCGCUCCCACAACUAGAACCACCGAAGAACAACUCCUUAAUUAAGCCCUUGGACGUCUUUUUGGACAACUCUACCUCUAAUGAGACGGUCCUCAUCAAUUCGCUGGGAGACCCUGCUGAUUUUCUACUCAACACUAAGGAGAGCUCCCUCGUUUCAUCAACACUGGCUAUUGGUGCAGCUAUCAGCGCCUUGCCUGUGGGAGUGUUCGCGCAGAAAUUCGGAAGACGACCAACCAUCCUGAUCCUUGCUGGCCCGUUCAUGGUUAACUGGCUCCUCACGAUCUUUGCCAACGGACCUGGCAUGCUUAUCGCUGCAAGAUUCUUCGCUGGUUUAGCUACUGGUGGCAUUUGCGUCGCAGCGCCAAUGUACAUCGGUGAGAUAGCUGAGACUUCCAUUCGAGGUUCACUCGGUGCCUUCUUCCAGCUGUUCCUGACCGUGGGGAUUCUCUUUACCUUUGUGAUCGGCGGGUGGACGCAUUGGAGGACUUUGUCCAUCAUAUCUGCAGCAUUGCCUGUGCUUUUGGUUGCUGUGUUUUGGUGGAUGCCAGAAACCCCACAGUUUCUUUUAGAUAAAAACAGGCGCAGAGACGCAGAAAGGUCUUUGCGCUGGCUUCGCGGACCCGACGCAGAUAUCUCUACUGAACUCGAUGAUAUGCAGAAAGAUGUGGACAAAGCAUCUCGUCAGCGUGGGGGCAUGGUUCACAUGUUAACCAACCGCGCUUCGCUUAUGGCGCUGAUCUGCUCCUUGGGCCUCAUGUUCUUCCAACAAUUCAGUGGCAUCAACGCUGUUAUCUUCUACACCAACAACAUCUUCCAGUCUGCAGGUUCCGACAUUCCGCCUGCCAUUGCCACCAUCAUCAUCGGAGUGGUCCAAACAAUUGCUACAUAUAUAUCCUCUUUGUUGAUCGAAAGAGCUGGCCGAAGAAUUCUACUCCUUCAAAGUUGCAUCAUUAUGGGCUUGUGUUUGAUCAUUUUAGGAACUUACUUCAAACUGCAAGAUGGUGGCAUUGAUUUAUCAGCAGUUGGCUGGAUCCCUCUGGUUUGCUUGAUGUUGUUCAUUGUCUCCUUUUCUUUAGGAUUCGGCCCUAUUCCCUGGAUGAUGAUGGCUGAGUUGUUUUCAGUAGAAUUUAGAGGCACCGCUUCCGGUAUUGCGGUGAUCAUGAACUGGCUUUUGGUUUUCAUCGUGACCCUAUGUUUCCCACUGAUGAAAGACGGAAUAGGAAUAUACAGUUGCUUUUGGUUCUUCUCCGGUUUUAUGAUUGUAUGUAUCUUCUUUGUUUUCUUCUUGAUUCCGGAGACUAAGGGAAAGACUAUUUCGCAGAUUCAGACAAUUCUUGGGGGUAAAGCUUAAAGAUACUCAAAAGAAAAAUUAUAUAAUGUUAAUUAUAUUUGAAUACGAUUUAUUACACUUAUUAAAUGGAUUAUUAUGGCCAAAAACCUACUAUAGUUAGCAUUGAAAUAUUCGCAAACUUUUGUCAAGAAUAUUAUGUUAACAUGAAUGAAAUCGACGUAAAGUAUAAUUUUGGUUGAUAAAUGGAUUAGAAAUUUGUAUAUUGUCAUUGUUUAUAAUGCGUAUUCUGUUAAUGCACAAUUAUAAAUUAAUUAGUUUUCAUAUUAUGCAUUUUAUCACCACCGUUUGAUGUACAAAUGUUAUAGAUUAGUUAGUUAAUUUUUUAAAUGUUGACGAAGUUAUGUGUUCAUCAUUAAGGUAUUUUGUUUUUAUAAUAAGCUGUGCCUUUCAAAACUAUUGUGAGUAGGUAACUCAUAUUCUAGAUAAACAUUUAUAAAUUUUUGAAUCAAUUGUUAACAAUUAUUGUUUUCUAUUUGCACUAAAAUAAGGGCACUCAGGAAGUUGAAAACAAAAUAUUAUAAGUUGAAUAGCAAAGAUAUUAACUAGCUAAUAAUAUUUUACCAAAUAAAAAUUAUAUGUUUGUUGCAAUGUGUAUAAUUUUUAAUGGCAAUAAAUAAUUGACCGAUCUAUCAAACUAUUGUAAAUUCCAUACUGGCGAUAUGAUUUGUGUUGUCAUGAUGAAGUUGAAAAAUAUAACGCCAUUCUAUGACGUAGCAUACCACCACAACGUCACCACGACAAUUAAAAAUGGAAUUUGUCACAAGCCUGUGAUGACCUAGCAGUAAUACUUAAAUAGGUAAUUCUGUUUUAAGAAUUUUCUAAUUAAAUUACAAUUAAAGUUGAAGUGCCAAAAAUUUUUUUAAAUUUUGAACAAUCUUUGGAAUAUUUAUGUAAUAAUAUAAAAUUUUGAUUGUUAAUGUUUUUAUAAUUAUAUAUUACCUGUUUGACUAAUUAAAUGUUUAGUACAGAUAAUUUAGUUUAGUUAUGAUUAUUUAAUAUUAUUAUUGAGAUGUAAAUAAAAUUCAUUUGUAA